AUGUUAGAAUUAUUGAGAGAAAAUUAACGUGAAGAGGUUUCACCUAAAACUUAUAGAUUAAACUAAAUUACAGAAGUUAUUGAAUUCUUAAAAGAUUAUGAAAAUGGCAUUUAGAUAUUAAAACCCUAUAAUUUAAAUUGUGGUAGAAGCAUUAAAUUUAUUAGCAAUAUAGCCAGAUUUAAAUUAGAUCUUCACUAAAAAAGCUAAUAUUAAAUUGUUGACUAUUAUAAAGUUUAUGUAGAAAAUGAAAUCAAGAUCAUUUGA